GUUGAUUAAUCUUUCAAAUUAUAUAUGUAUAAGAAUUCUGAAUUUUGAUAAAGAACAUAUGAAUGAGUUUGAUAUGUUCCAAAAAGGGCUUCGGAUAGAAUACCCGGUGGUAGAAUUAGGGUGUCGGAUAGGUUAUCAGAGGUAAUACACGAGUUUCGUGUUUCUCUUCCGGAAGUUAUGUUUGAUUGGUUUCUUUUUACAAUACUAGUCCAACAAAAAAACAUUACGGGAAACAAAUCCGACUUGCAAAUAUUACAUACCGUAAAAUAAUUGUCGUUGUGAGUCCAUCCGUGCCCAUCGACUUGCAAAUACUACAUACCCCACUGUCAACUACUCCCUCCGUCUCUUUUUGUUUUUUACGUUUUCCUUUUUUGGUAUUUCAAAAUGUUCUUUACAUUUCCUUUUAUAUUAUCAUAUAAAUGCCAUAAUGUUCUAUCAAAAUCUGUGUCCAAUAAUUAUUUUAACCAAUUAAAUUCAUUGAGUCAUUUAAUCUCUCACACUUUUUCAUUGGAACAUUAAAUAUUUCUUAUAUUCCCAAUAUCAGAAUUUUGAUAAAAGUGAAAACAUUAUAAAUAAACGUAAUUUGUCUUGUUUAAAUAAAAAAAAUAAAGGAAUCUCAACACACAUUAAUUAAUCGUUAAAACGCGUGAAAAAUAUCAAACGUAAAGAACAAAAAGAAACGGAGGGAGUAACCCCAUUAAAUUAGUAAGUCAAUUCAAGUGUGUUAUACUCCGCAAUGGAUGGAGUAGUUGCAUUUAGUACCUCCCUUUCGGAAUGAGUGGAAUAUCAGAAUUUUGAUAAAAGUGAAAACAUUAUAAAUAAACGUAAUUUGUCUUGUUUAAAUAAAAAAAUAAAGGAAUCUCAACACACAUUAAUUAAUCGUUAAAACGCGUGAAAAAUAUCAAACGUAAAGAACAAAAAGAAACGGAGGGAGUAACCCCAUUAAAUUAGUAAGUCAAUUCAAGUGUCUUAUACUCCGCAACAGAUGGAGUAGUUGCAUUUAGUACCUCCCUUUCGGAAUGAGUGGCACUUUUUUUUCCAGACCUGACUGAUUUUGACCCAAAUCGAAUUUAAUUUUCUCCUCCGUGAGUAGAGCAGAAAUCAAUAUCCCUCUUCUUACAUGACUGAAAUCAAUGGCAACCCAGCUCUGAAUUCACUCCAAUCAAUUUCUGCAAAUCUCAACCUAAAACAUUCCACAAAAAAUUUAAAUUAAAUACCAAAAUUUAAAUUGAAUUCAAAAUGUCGAUGAACCAAGAAGAACCAAGCACAGCACCAAAUUCAGAUCGAUGGUACACUCUAACCCUAGGUUCUUCCUUCAAAGAUCAUCAACCGUCUUCCAAAUUCUGCACUCUACGCUAUGAAUUUAAGCCGGCGUCGAUUGAUAAAAGUCAACGGGGAGCAUUGCAUAAGACGAAGGACAAUAAAAUAAGCGUCGAAUUCAACAAUAAUCAGCCUGGUAAACCUAAGGUUACCUUCGAAGGUUCUAGCGAAGAUUACAAGGAAAACGACGCCGUUUUGUUUUUUGACGGCAAUAGUUUCAAACUUGAACGCCUUCACCGUGCUGUUAAGCGUUUGCGUCAUGUUCGCUUGCCCGGCGAAUCUGCCACCGCUGCGCUGGCUGCAUCUUCCGCAGCGGACGGUAGUUCGCCACCUGUGGGAAGAGGAGUUAAAGCUCAAGCCCAAGUGCAGCAUCAACAGGUGCAACAUGUGCAGCAUCAACAGGUGCAGCCUCAAGCUUAUAAUAGCCGGUCUGCUUUUACAGCGCCCUUACCACCUCAGCCGCCACCUCCACCACCACCGGUUUCGGUUGAAGUUGAGCGAAUGGAUGUUGGUGAUGCUGGAAAUUCGGGAAGAAAACCUAAUGUUGAGAAGCCGACAAAUACCCCUCCUCAACAACAAAAUGUUAUGGCAUCUCCGGACUUUGAUUUGGAAGAACACUUGGACAUAAUGAUUGAUGACGACGAGGACACAUUAGAGGCUGUCAAAGAUAGUGGUGAAGAAAAAGCAGUCCAUACUGGCAUUGAUAUUAACAUCCCACAGCAAAAUGACACGGAUGAUGAUUUUGCUGAUGUGGACGUGAAUGAUGAUAACGGGGUUAUGGCUGGUAAUGCUGCGGCAGCCCUACGAGCCCAGGUUAAUGCAGUGGAAAGGGUGGGCCACACUUCCAGCUCAAGUGCUAGCAGUGGGAGUGAUAGUAGCGGAAGCAGCAGUGGAAGUGGUAGCGGUAGUAGCAGCAGCGAUAGUGAGAGCAGUGAUGGUGAUUCUGUUAACUCUAUUUGAGUUCUGUCUGGUGGCUUCCCUCUUGUUGUUAUACCGUGACUCCGUCAGACAACGAGAGUUUUUUUUUUCUUUUUUUUUUCUAAUAUUAUAUGUAUUGUUUAUUAUUCCUCUUUGAGAUGGUGAAGAUUGAAGAUUGAAGAUUGAAGAUUGAAGAGAGAACCAGAGAAUGUAUAAUAGAUACUCCAUCACGAAUUAUUAUGGAAAUAGAAAGAGUUCUUAUUAUACCGUUUA